UUCGAGCUGAACUCGAUACAGCGAUUCGUGCCAAUUUCUAAAAUUUCCUCGCAAACGGGAAAUUUUUGAUUUUUUUGGAUAUUUUUAUCAUGAAAAAAGAUGGUCAAAAAACCACUCUUGAGGUGCCACUCCCGAAAUGGCUCAAAUGUGAAUAAACUUGUCAAACAGGUUAAGUAUAACACACAACUCGAUUUUCAGCUGCCCUAACUUCAUAUUCACGCCUUCUGGAGCAAAUUCAAAAUUCUGGAGAAAUUGAAAAUUGUGCUGGAGGCUUCAGAAUGGCUGGAAAUGAUGAAAUUCGCCCUCGGGGGGUUAGUUCUGGAUGAAAUACAGCGAUUCGCACAAAUUUCUAAAAUUUCCUCGCAUUCAGGAAAUUUUUGAUUUUUGGACAUUUUUAUUAAGUGAAAAAAGCUGGUCAAAAAACCACUCUUGAGGUAUUCCUCUCUAAAUUCGGCUCAAAUGCGGAUAAAUUCGUUAAACAGGUCGAGUAUAACACACAAUUUGUUUUUCAGCUGCCCAAAUUCAUAUUCGCGUCUUCUGGAGAAAUUGAAAAAUCGCACGGGAGGCUCCAGAAUGGCUGGAAAUGGCAAAAUUUGCCAUCGUGGGGCUAGUUAAUGACCAGGGCUCGGAUAUUCUUUCCCUAAAAAACCCAAAAUAUGCGCUUAAAUAUUCCCUAAAAAAUGCCAAAAUAUGCUCUAAAAAGUAAAAAUAUUCCUUAACGAUAUGGGCAUUGUUUUACAGGAAAAAUUAAUUCCCAUAAUAUUUUAUUAAUAUUGUUUUGUAAUACCAAGAAUUUCACGAUCAAAAAUGAAAAAAAGAGCGUUUUAAAAUCACAAAAAGGAAACUCUAAUUCCAUUAUCAAAGGAACAAAAAGCAUCCAAGUAAAAUGAACAAAAAAAAUAAGUAGGUAUAAGAGAGCUAUUGCCAGUUUCACAAAUUUUGCGGGGAAAAAGUGAAAAAUAGCCAAAUACUAAUUUGAUGCAAAUUUUUUUAAUUGAGUAAAAUAUUCCGUAAAAACCGCUAAAAACGUAAAAUAUGCUCUAUAAACGCAAAAUAUUCCCUAAAAAAUGCCAAAAUAUGCUUUUAUGGUGAAAUAUGCCAAAAUAUGCUCAAACGAAUUAGGCUCAUUUUACUUGAAAUUUCAUGAAUCGUGGAGAUAAUUGAAAAAUUCCCUAUCCUCUAUGCAUACAAAAAAUAUGCUCCAGCAUAAAAAUCCGAGCCCUGUUAAUGACGAAAUACAGCGAUUCGUACAAAUUUCAAAAAUUUUCUUGCAAACGGGAAAUUUUGGAUUUUUGGAUAUUUUUUUAAACUACUUAAGUAGGUAUAAUCUCCAAUGCUUCGAAGGGUCGAAAAUAAGGACGGUUUAGAUUAAAGCUUCCUUCUAUCUCAAAGUGGUCAAAUUUUGAGUAAUUCGAGGAAAAUUAGCAUUUCAAUUUUCAAAAAUUUCCCAAAAAUUGGUUCUGAAUUCUGAGUACCUACCUACUUAAGUAAUUUCAAAAUGCUCUUCCUGUUCUAAAGAUUUUCUUACCACGAUUGGGAAAUUUCUCUUUGUCAGGAAAACUUUCAAUUUGACGAAAAAUUGGUCAAGUAGGUACCUACCUACUCGUAUGAAUUAAACGAAUGGAAUCUGAAAUAUGCUUGUUGCGCAUUUAUUGAAUUUCCCUCCUCGUUGCUUCUUUCCUCUGCUUUGGUUUGUUGAGACUACAAGAUAAGUGUAAUACAAACAGUUUGCACUGAAAGCAAUUCGUAAUUGGAACAAUAUUGAAAUAAUGCUUAUAUUUUUGAACAGUUGCCAGUUGCCCUUUGAUUUACUGCGUGUUCGUGUUUGGCUAAACGAUAAUUUACGAUAAAUCGGCUUCGGUUGUGUUUAUUGUGUUUUUCUGUAAUCAAGUAAUUAUGAAUUUGAUCGCUUCUAUUUCGUUAAUAUUGAUAUUUUCAGCGGUUGUAUUAGCAUUCCCUGAAUCUGACGAUCAGCUGAAUUUCAAACGAGAGAAUGAUUUGGAUUUCGACACACCAGAUUCCGACCAAAAAGUUGGCUAUGAAAAACCCAUCGACCCUAACUCAUUAGAAAUUGACCAAUUGGCAAAAAAGUUAUUGGAUAAAUUCGAUUCCGAAUCUGGUGCAAAGUGUAAACGAAGGCUGCUUCGAGUAGUUAGCGUAAAAAGACAGGUUGUAGCUGGAAUAAAAACCAGAAUGGAACUGGAAAUAUGUCCAGAUAUUUGUGCCAAUGGCGUGAUCAAUUGGCUUUGUAUUUUCCUCAAUUGCUCAGACAAAAACUACAAAUUACAUAUCCUUGCGAUCUCAUAAUACUACUAUUAUUACCGUCAAUGUGAAUGUCCAGGUGAGCGAAUGCAAAAUUUGCGAUACUGAAGUGUGGGAAAAACCGUGGGAAGAAGACAAUUAUUUCCAAAUUAUGAAAUUCGAAUGCCCCUUAUAAUUUGAGACCCUUCAACCUUGGACUACAUUUUUAUCACUUCAAAUGGAUUAAUAACCAGGCUAUGAGAAUUUAAUUAAGUAGGUAACGAAAAUUAUUUGAUGUAAAAAAUAAAUUUUAUUGUUUAGCCUUCUCAAUCAGCAGAAUCAAUUUUGAACAGAUAGUAGAAGUUCACUUUGUGUAAAUACCCAUCCAAGGUAGGGGCGAGAGGAAGAUUUUGCUACGUAGUUAUUGAUUUCAAAAGUGUCCUAUUGAACGCCUUCCAAUUGUCUUUUACUGAUUUUAGUUUGAUUAUUGAAUAACCUCUUUCUUUUUAUAUGUACUUACAUACCCACAUGUGUUUAUUGAUGGUGCUUAUCAGGUUGCUUAAUGUGUUGUGACACUACAUAUUAUUCUACUAUUGCAUUCUACUCACAAUCAGUAAAAUUGAGGUAAGUGCACCUGAUAACGCUCACCUCUUGGGAAUUGUACUUAGGUAUUAGUAAAUGAAAAAUUUCAACAACAAAAAAAUUAAAAUAGCUGAUCUGUUUUUGUUUUUUUUGUUCAAGUUGAAGUAUUCUACAAUUUUGAAAGUUAGACUUACAUUUUAAUUUUAGGUCACUUCUUCGAUCAGGAUCAGCUUGCUUUGAUUAUAAAUUGCAGAAGUGAGUAACAAGAGGAGGAAAGAGAAAGGGGAAAAGCAGGGGCGGACUGGCCCAAAAGAGCCCACCGCGAAAAGAUAGAAAUUGGGGCAUAUUGGUACAUAAAGGGUGCAUUUUCCAUAGUCUUUCCAAUCAUUGGGCCCCCAAACUCUCACUCAUUACCAAAAAAAGUUGCAUACUUUUGAAUUUUAUCAAAAAUUUAUACCCAUUUUUCACAAAAAGAGCCCACUUUCUACUCAAGGGCCAACUUUCUUCCCGGAGCCUAACGGGAUUUCCACGGUAGCUCUUAUGGCCAAUCCGCCCCUGAAACCAGUGGUAGUGACAGAUACUGUUUAAAGCUGGUGGUAGUGGCAGAAACAGCUUAAAACCAGUGGUAGUCACAGACACUGUUUAAAACCGGUGGUAGUGGCAGAAACUGCUUAAAACCAGUGGUAGUGACAAACACAGUUUAAAACCAGUGGUUGUGACAGACACUGUUCAAAACCAGUGGUAGUGACAGACACUGUUUAUAACCAGUGGUUGUGACAGACAUUUGUUUAAAACCAUUGGUUGUGACAGACACUGUUUAAAACCAGUGGUAGUGACAAACACUGUUAAAAACCAGUGGUAGUGACAAACACUGUUUGAAACCAGUGGUUGUGACAGACAAUGUUUAAAACCAGUGGUUGUGACAGUCACUGUUUAAAACCAGUGGUUGUGACAGACACUGUUUAAAACCAGUGGUUGUGACCAACACUGUUCAAAACCAGUCGUAGUGAUGGACACUGUUAAAAACCAGUGGUAGUGACAAACACUGUUUGAAACCAGUGGUAGAUGCGGACACUGUUCAAAACCAGUGGUAGUGACAAACGCUGUUUAUAACCAGUGGUUGUGACCAACACUGUUCAAAACCAGUGGUUGUGACAGACACUGUUUAAAACCAGUGGUUGUGACCAACACUGUUUUAAACCAGUGAUAGUGACAAACACUGUUAAAAACCAGUAGUAGUGACAAACACUGUUUGAAACCAGUGGUUGUGACAGACUUUGUUCAAAACCAGUGGUUGUGACAGACAUUGUUUAAAACCAGUGGUUGUGACCAACACUGCUCAAAACCAGUGGUAGUGACGGACAGUGUUUAAUACCAGUGGUAGUGACAGAUACAGUUUAAAACCGGUGGUAGUGGCAGAAACUGCUUAAAACCAGUGGUAUAGUGACAAACACUGUUCAAAACCAGUGGUAGUGACAAACACUGUUUGAAACCAGUGGUUGUGACAGACUUUGUUUAAAACCAGUGGUUGUGACAGACACUGUUUAAAACCAGUGGUUGUGACAGACACUGUUUAUAACCAGUGGUUGUGACCAACACUGUUAAAAACCAGUGGUAGAUGCAGAAACUGUUUUAAACCAGUGGUAGUGACAAACACUGUUUGAAACCAGUGGUAGUGACAAACACUGUUUAUAACCAGUGGUAGUGACAUACGCUGUUUAUAACCAGUGGUUGUGACCAACACUGUUCAAAACCAGUGGUUGUGACAGACACUGUUUAAAACCAGUGGUUGUGACCAACACUGUUUUAAACCAGUGAUAGUGACAAACACCGUUAAAAACCAGUGGUAGAUGCAGACACUGUUCAAAACCAGUGGUUGUGACAAACACUGUUUAUAACUAGUGGUUGUGACAAACACUGUUUAUAACUAGUGGUUGUGACAAACACUGUUUAUAACCAGUGGUUGUGACAAACACUGUUUAAAACCAGUGAUUGUGACAGACUUUGUUUAAAACCAGUGGUAGUGGCAGAAACUGCUUAAAACCAGUGGUAGUGACAAACACUGUUAAAAACCAGUAGUAGUGACAAACACUGUUUGAAACCAGUGGUUGUGACAGACUUUGUUCAAAACCAGUGGUUGUGACAGACAUUGUUUAAAACCAGUGGUUGUGACCAACACUGCUCAAAACCAGUGGUAGUGACGGACAGUGUUCAAUACCAGUGGUAGUGACAGAUACAGUUUAAAACCGGUGGUAGUGGCAGAAACUGCUUAAAACCAGUGGUAUAGUGACAAACACUGUUUAAGACCAGUGGUUGUGACAGACACUGUUCAAAACCAGUGGUAGUGACAGACACUGUUUAAAACCAGUGGUAGUGACAAACACUGUUUGAAACCAGUGGUUGUGACAGACUUUGUUUAAAACCAGUGGUUGUGACAGACACUGUUUAUAACCAGUGGUUGUGACCAACACUGUUCAAAACCAGUGGUAGUGACGGACACUGUUUUAAACCAGUGGUUGUGACAGACUUUGUUUAAAACCAGUGGUUGUGACAGACACUGUUUAAAACCAGUGGUAGUGACAAACACUGUUUGAAACCAGUGGUUGUGACAGACUUUGUUUAAAACCAGUGGUUGUGACAGACACUGUUUAUAACCAGUGGUUGUGACCAACACUGUUAAAAACCAGUGGUAGAUGCAGAAACUGUUUUAAACUAGUGGUAGUGACAAACACUGUUUGAAACCAGUGGUAGUGACAAACACUGUUUAUAACCAGUGGUAGUGACAUACACUGUUUAAAACCAGUGGUUGUGACAGAUACUGUUUAAAACUGGUGGUAGUGGCAGAAACUGCUUAAAACCAUGGGAAAAGAGAAAGAGAAGAGAACGGUUUCUCAAUGAUAUAUUUUAAUUACCUAGACCUAGGUACAAUUUACUUUCAUGACGACAGAGUAUUUCAGAUUUUAAAUUGAUGUACUAGUUAUAAUUUAAAAGUCUGGAAUCGCAAUUUUUGUCUAGGUAGGAAAGAAAAAGUAUUUCAUGUUUUUUAAAAAAACAAUGAUUAUACUUUAUAGGAAUCAAGUAGGUAUACUUAAUCGAAAACAAAAAUAAGAAUUAUUCAAUUUUAAAUAUUUUGAAUUUAAUUGAAUUUUUUUCUGCAUGUUCUCCUUUAAAAAAAACAAAAAAACAACUAGGUAGGUAAGUAGGUAAUCAUUUGAAAAAAUCUUGAAAAUAUAUAAAUGAGAAUAUUUAUUUCGACAGCAAACAUUUCUGAUCUAGAAACAAUUUUAAAACAAUCACGUAAAUGUUACAAUUUAGUUUUUUUUUUCCUAGAAAAAAUUAACCUUUAAGAAUUGAAUGCCUGCUACUUGAAAAGUAAAUUGGAAUUUUAAUUUACUUGGUGUUUUUCUGGGAGACAAAAAUUUGAACUUCAACAAUGUGAUGUAAAAAUUGAAAAAUGUUCUGAAAAAGUUGACAAAAAAUAUUUAUCUUACCUACUUAAUUAAAAUUAAAAUUUUUAAUUUAGAAAUUAUUAUUUUGGAAUAAAUUACAUUUUAAAAAAAUUAAUCAUCGUUUUUCAAUAGUUUCUCUUAGAUAAAAUUAGGGGUUGUAUUGUAGAACAUGCUUUAAGUAGACUAUUUGGUUGAUGGUCUUUCAACAUUUAGCACCUCUGAAAAAUCAAGAAUUCCAAAAAAAAAAAAAAUGUACCAAAACUUGACAAAUAAGAAUAAAUAAUGUAGAGGGUACUUGGGACUCCAUGUUACCACUCUACAGUGGUAAUUUGAUGCCCAGGCAGGCGGCAACACUGCAACCGGUACAGCGCCAUCUGGUGUACUGGUUCAGUGGAGACGACGGCCGAGAUUGCCGAAGCGAGCCGCCUUGCAGUUUUCUAACCAUCUUCAUAAAGAGUAGUAAUAAGUUUAACGCUGGCUUAUGCCAACUCUGUCUGUUAGGAAACGCCUCAUCACCAGCAGAAUCUUUCGUGUAAACGAAUGGUAUUGAAUAGUUAUCGUAGUAACGUUCUUAUUCACUGUACAUCAAAUGAGAGAUAUAAAUAUAUGGUGAAACGUAUGUAUUUGUGUUGAUCAUUGAUUUACGACGAGUUGUAGAGAGUAGUAGUUGGGUAGACUGAGAUAGGUAUUUAUACCUUGUGGGUUCAGUGUUCUAUACGAACUGGGUUGUUUUAGGGUUAAGGUACCAGGUGGCAUAAGUGAGACUUUUCCCCUAAACCAUAAGAACCCUCUGUUUUACCCUAACAUUGGCGCCAUAAACGUGGUGUUUCUUUCUGAGAAGUUCUGAGCAGGUUGAGAAGUGAAAGUUUGCAUAACUGUGCAAAGUGGAACGAAGUUGCUCGGAUACGGAUCGGACAAACCCAUGUGUAACCAGGUUAGUGGUGAACGUUUUAUUAUUUCGUUAAGUUAUUCGUUUAUUCGCGAUCGUUCGUAAUUCGCGAAGUGUUUUUUGGUAGUGAAAAACUGAAAAUUUGCACUUUUGUGCAAGAUUGUACUAACCUGGUCAAGUCCAUUCCUGCUUGAUUUGUGUGCAGUUCUGUCCUGCAACAAAGAAAGUAGACGUUGUUUAGCCGGAUUUUUCUUGAAGUAAACGAAAGUUUUCUUACCUAAUUUGAGUAUUAUUUACCUAAUUUUUGAGUAAAAUGAGUUCCAACAGAGGUGGGCGUGGCUCCUCUAAUUCUUUGAGUAGAUCGAAUUCUGGAAAUAAUUUAGAAUCAUUAGAGGAUUAUCGUCGUAAUAUAGGCUCUAACGUUAAUGGUAAUCGUGUAGCUACUCCCAGUGCUUCCCAAAUCCCUCAAAGACAACCGAGAGAUGCGGCAGUGGCCUGUACCCAAAGAAUUCACGAAACUUUUCCGAGGAGAAGAAAUGAGAGUAGUGCAGGCCCGGAAGCACCUAGAAAGCAAGCGAGGCUUGAAAGUGAGAGUAGUGAGACGAACAGAGACGAAGCUGAGGCGCAAGCAGAAUUGAACAUGCAUCAAGCAAUGUCCAAUUUGGCAAAUUCGAGCAGGAACGAACCUGCUCCAGAUGUGCAAAAUGAAGCUGAGUCUGAACCUGUCGUGAGUAGACCUGAGCCAAACCCAAUGCAAAGCCUGUUGGAUAGCCUCGACGCUGAUGUACAGCAAGCUUUAAACCAAGAUAAUGUCGAUUCGGCUGCAGGUCAAAACCUGCAAGCUGAAGACUUACUAAAUAGGACGAUAAAUCCGAGGCGAUCGAGUUCUAGGGAGUCUGGACGAACAGUUACUGUCUCAGACAACCCCGAAUCGCGUCGUGGAUCCAGUGGUAGCCAAAGUGCGGUGCAAAGGCCUACCGCGAGGCGCAUCAGCCCCCUACCACCCCCUCGAAGUGUGAGAGCGAGUAGCGAACCGGUCUAUGGGGUGACAGUCGAAAAUGUCACCAUGAGCAUCGAGGAAGAAGCGCAAGCGCAAAUGGCGAGUAGAUUUAGGGAGUUGAGCCUAAAUAACGUAAGAACUAGGCCCCUGGAGACGUUAUUUGGUGGUUUUUUACCAUCCGAGAAUAGACCUAGGGAUCCGAGUGCACCUCCUCCCUACUCUGCUGUAGACCCCCUCGCAAAUGUUCAGCCACCAGUAGGCACUAGAGACGAGUCGCGACGAGCUCAAAAUAAUUUUCAACAGGAAGUUGAAACAAUGACUAGACCAGCAGUUACACGCGCACGUCCGAGCGUGAACGUAGCUAUUCGAAGAUUUGAUUUUAGGCCGGUGAAUUUAGGCGUUGAGCACCAGCUUAUCCGAGUAGAAAGUAGACGACCGGAAACUGCUACAGACGCGUACGUUAAUGCGCAAAUACCUAAUUUGCGCGAUAAUUGCGAAAUCUUAGACCAUAGAACCGAAUGUAUUGAGACUGAAUUAUCGCGUACUCGUGUUGAUUUGGAAACAAUAUACCGUGAGAUUCAAAAUAAUAUAAUUGAUAGAGAUACAGCGAGUACCGCUCGAAUGCGCCAAAUGGCACAGGCAUGGGGUACCAAUCACUCUAGGCUUAUAAAUCGUAUCGGUGAUGAGAUUCACAAUGAAGGUCUGAGAAUGACGCAAACGAUGGACGCGGUUGCGGUGCUGGCCGAUGAGAUUCGUGUUGAGAGGCAAGCGAGACAGCGAGACGCCGGUUUAAUUCGAUUAUUGACGCAAAGAGUCGUUGAGUUGGAAAAUGAGCGUCAGGCUGAGGCGCCGCAAGGCGGGAGGCCACUCUCACAAGCUCAAACUGGCUCUAACAUUCCCCAAAGUGACCCUGUACCACCCGAUGGCCGAAGAUUCGGGGUUGACAACCACUUUCAGUGGCAGGACAUUCCUGCAAGAUGGCAGCAGGGUCCCCAAAUGAGAACGCGACAAGCUUCGCAACAAGAUGUGAGAUUUGAGCAGAAUAACGCGCAAUCCAACAAUGCGCGAUCGAACAGUGCGCAAUCGAGACCUGAGGGUCGAGGAGAUUCGUUUGGAAGUUUGAGUAACGAUGCGCAGCCUCACAGAAGCGAAGCUGAAUUGAUAAGAUCUAUGCAAUGCAAUGCCUUAGGGCUGAGAAUUGCAUAUGAGCCGCUAAACGAGAAUAUCAACUACGGUGCGGGAAAUUGUGCAGCAAAGUUAGGCACGCUGCAAGUAUUAAAAAUUAUUUACGAUGAGAGUAAUGAGUUUGAGCCGCAUCUCUUCGUGCGCCAAUUUGAAGAGGCAAUGGAGAGCAUGUAUGCGAAUGAGACGAUGUAUAUUAGUAUGUUUAGGCAACUAGUAACACACCCGAAAGCGGCCACCUGGAAAGCGAACACCGGUACCGAAAAAUCGUACAAAGCGUUGAGACAAUCGUUCUUGCAAGCAAUGUGGAGCCAGCAGCGUCAGGAAGAUGCAAUGAGUCACGUUAGAGCAGUAGUACUUCCUGCUACACGUUCUACUGAUAUGGCAACAGUUGCGCUGCGCUGGUUGCGAGUAGUCUCGAAUGUGCAAACCACCGAAUGGCAGAUGAUAAAUGCCGUCUAUCCGCGAAUUAAUCCAAUUUUAAGAACUAGGAUUACGAAUGAGGAGCGUAACGAUAUUGUAUUGUUUGCGAGACGUCUCAUAGAAAUGACUCAAAACGAGGAGUUCAUUGAAGGAGUACCGAACUUGCAGCUCAGAGUUCAAGAUAAUGCUCAACCUCAAGUUAAUCGUAGAAAUCGUACGAACGAUAACUGGCAGAGAGGUGCUAGUAACAACAACGGCGCUAGAGCAAACUCGGCGGAUACGAGACGUAACAAUGGCGGUGGUUAUAGGUCAAAUGACAACAAUGGCCGUAGAGACGACAGAGCUAGAUCUGACAACCGAGACGCUCGAAAUACGCGUGACAAUCGAGACUCACGUGACAACCGCGAUACACGUGAUAACCGCGACUCACGGGAUAACCGUGACAACCGAACGCGCAAUCGCGAUGAUACUCGCAACUCCCGAGAUAGCCGCGAUAACAGAGAAGAUUCGCGAAGACGUACUAACGACACCGGAGCCGCAGCUUCUGGCUCAAACUCGAAAAGAGACGACAACAAAGGAAAUGCCAGACGUGAUCGUAGAGCGAGAGACGGUGGUACCACCAAUGAGGCUGAUGCAGGCUAUUCUGAGAUGAAUCCGGAUGAUCCACCUUACUCUGAGGAUGAGGUGUCUGAUGACAGUUCUCAGACGUCGUCUUUAAACGACGACGUGACGCAGGCUUAAAAAAGAAAAGAGCCACAGCCCCCCCGAGCCCGAUCUCCCCUACGAAGAGUUUGACUUAGUUGGCGACGCAUUCGCGCAAUUAUUAAUCGAAAUUACAAAAGCUAGAGCUAAAAACAACGGUAGCGGAGACGAUGCUAAAAAAGAAAGCAAGAGUAGCGUUGAAAAAAUUUCUGAGAACUGUACGAU